AUGCACCCAACGUGUGAUCUCCCGCUUAACCGCUCCCUCCCCCUUGUGUGUAUUUGUUCACUCUGCAGCUUCCUCUGCGGUGUUGGCAUUGGGGCAAAUGAUUUGAGUGCCAACUUUGCCAUGGUAGUGGGGAGCGGAUCACUUAACAUGCGCCAGGCAAUCAUCUACUGCACCGUGUUCGAGCUUCUCGGAGCCGCCUUCAUGGGCGGGCGCGUCAGCGACACCAUUCGCCGCGGCAUCGUCGAUCCUGCCUUGUUUGCCAUCGAUCGCGACAUGGUGCUGAUCGGCAUGACAUGCGCAAGCUUCUCAGCGGCGAUCUGGCUGUACCUCUCGACUGUGUUUGGGCUGCCGGUGUCGAUCACCCACACGGUGGUCGGGUCCAUCCUCGGCUUCGCCCUCUUCUCCAGUGGGUCCUUCGAGUACGUGCAGGCACGUGGUGUGGUGAAGAUUGUGCUGUCCUGGCUUCUGGCCCCCAUCGCGGCUGGCGCUGUGACGGCAGGCAUAUUUUACUUGAUGCGUAAGCGCAUCUUGAAGGUAAAAGGCAAAUCAUUUGAAUACGCACUGCGUUCCCUGCCAUACUGUCUUGGUUUCUCUCUGCUUAUCGACCUGAUGUUUAUCGUGAUUGAAAAGCCGCCGAUUCUCUCCGUGACAAUCGCGAGGGCCUUACCCCUGUGGGCGCAGUAUCUCAUACUGCUCGCACUCAUUGUGCUGGCGUCUUGCACCGCGUCCUCUGUCGUUUUCCCACGGCUUGCGGAGGAGGCGUGGGAGCAGACUUCUUUUGUGUGGGAGGCAGAUGUGCUCCGCACUGAAGCAGAGGAAGUGCUGCCGUCUACUGCUGCUGCUGCUGCUGCUGGUGCAGACAUUACCGACUCUGCCGUCUCCGUCGAGGAACCCUCGCGGCCCUCCUUCUUUGUAGGCUCCGUCGACACGUCUUCUUCCGACAGCGACUCUGAACGGCCUCAAGAUGUGCGAAUGCAGCAAAAUAUCUCGGCCCUGCUGCAAGAAACGAGUAGCUUUCUCUUGUCGUCAGUAGAAGCACCUGAACUGAAGUUGCUUCCGCAGCAAUCCGUGCGGCCAGCACCAAAGACGCGCCGCUCGACGUUACCCGGCCCCCACCGCGAGGCGGAAGAGAUGCACGCCCUCGCGAUGGUGCCCGCCCUCCCAACGUACGGCACGCCGUCGACAGACGCUGAGGGGGGAGAGGAGUCGACAUCCGCCAUGUCACCGCUCUCGGUGAACGCAGAUGAUGAGUUCGCUGAGCGUGACUGGGGUCUCAACCACCCAAUGCAGCCGAUACGCUUUGGCGGGAUGCUUAUUAAACCGUUUAACCCACGCGCGGAGUACCUCUAUACGUCCCUGCAGGUUGUCGCAGGCAGCAUGUCGAGCUUCGUCCACGGCGCCGUUGCCGGUGCAAACGCAACGGCGGCCUUCGUCAUUUUGUACGAAACCUUCACGGUCUCAGAGCUCAACGAGAGAAGCUUCGACAGCGCGUGGGCGGUGCUGCCGGCAAUGCUCGGUAUUGCCAUCGGCAUGUUUUCCCUAGGCUCACGACUGAUGAAGACAGUCGGGGUGGAGUUGGUCACCGUCACACCGGCGCGUGGGUGGUGCAUGCAGGUGGGCGGCACGCUUGUGACCAUGGUGCUCACCGGUAUCGGCAUCCCUGUGUCGCUGUCGCAGUCGCAGGUGGGCGCCGCAAUCGGCUGCGGCGUCCUUGACGCGCGGGCCAAAGGCGUGGCGUGGGGUAUCGUCGCGAAGAUUAUCGGGGGCUGGGUCGUGACGCUCGCGAUUAGUGCCGUCACGACGGGUGCUUCCAUGUGGUUGCUGGCUUUCUUUUACUGCAUGUAA